GUGGUCUCAUUAUUUCUGGGGGAGUAGUACAUUCUCGUUGUUGUGGAAUCGUAAAAGUCAUAAAAGAUCACGUAUGUUUCGACAAAGAAAGUAGAAUUCCUACAAACUGCUUGUACAUCUUGCUUUUCCAAUUCUGCAUAUCGUUUUUGAUAGGGAAUCAUGAUUCCUUAUUAUAUAAUUGACUAUUUCAGUUAUAAUCUGUAGACAAGAAUGCCAUACGUCGACUCCAAUGGAAAUAUUGUGGAAUCGAAAAAGUCGAUGUUCAAUUUGCUUUGGCAGUUUUUCGCAUUUAUUUUAUAUUUUUUUCAUACACUUUUUUGGACCGCUGAUUGGUGAUGCGGGAGAUAGGCGACCGCAACGCAGAAAUGAUUGGAGUGGUAAUAACAGAUGGCCUGGAAGUGGUGGUCCGGGUGGGCCUCCGAGAGGUGGUCAUGGGUAUGGAACAGGUCGGCGUCCUAUAGGACGUCCAACAUUUCCGUCCGGAAUGUCAUGUCCCCCGUUGGGUGGUGGCAGUUGAGGUUAAAGUAGGUCCAGCUACGAUUUAAGCUGGACAAAUGAUUGUGACCAACAAGAGGACUGUGUGACGCAGAUUGGCCAAACCUUGCCAGAGGAGCUUUUCUGCUGAUUUCCACUACUGGUCGCUUUCUUGCUAUUUCUUGACUGAUGGAUCUACGCUAAAUUCCCAGUCCUGAAUGUCGUUUUAUUUGUUCCCCUUCCU